AUGUCAUCCGAUAACACGUCUUCCGACACCAUUGUGCAGAGUGAUGAUGGUGAGAACAUCCGUUUACGGCAGCCGGAUGACUGGCAUGUGCAUCUGCGUGACGGAUCGGUGCUGGCUGGUGUUGCCUUACAUACCGCGCGGCAGUUUGCGCGCGCCAUCAUCAUGCCUAACCUGGAUCCGCCGAUCACGACCUGCACAGCAGCAAGCGCGUAUCGACAGCGCAUUCUGGCCGCCCUGCCUGAAGAUGUCGCAUUUACACCCCUGAUGACCGCAUAUCUGACGGAUGCGAUUGACGCAGCCGAACUGCAAGCCGGUUUUGAGGGCGGUGUGUUCACUGCCGCAAAGCUCUACCCAGCUAAUGCCACAACAAACUCCGCCCAUGGUGUAACCGAUAUAAAGGCCAUCUAUCCAGUGCUUGAGCAGAUGCAGAAGAUGGGUAUGCCACUGCUUGUACAUGGCGAAGUCACCAGCGCACACAUCGAUAUCUUUGAUCGAGAAGCGGUAUUUAUAGAAGAGGUCAUGCAACCCCUGCUGGCUGAUCUGCCAGAAUUAAAAGUUGUUUUUGAACACAUCACCACCAGCCAGGCGGUUGAGUUUGUAGAAAGCGCCGGGACAAAUAUUGGCGCAACCAUUACCCCGCACCACCUGAUGAUCAAUCGCAACGACAUGUUUGCCGGCGGGAUAAGACCACAUCUGUACUGUCUGCCUGUGGUGAAACGAGAAACACACCAGCGCGCACUGCGACGCGCUGCUACGUCAGGCAACCCACGCUUUUUUCUAGGUACAGACUCCGCACCUCACGCUCAGAGCGACAAAGAAACUGCUUGUGGCUGUGCUGGCAUAUACAACGCGCCGGUUGCCCUUGAGUGUUACGCCACCGUCUUUGAAGAGGAAGGUGCGCUACCUGAACUGCAGGCGUUUGCCGCUGAGAACGGCCCUAAUUUCUAUGGCCUGCCACUCAACGAAGGCACCGUUACUCUGGCACGCCGCAAACAGACAGUUGCCUCGUUGAUUGAUGCCGCAGGUACGCCGAUAGUGCCAUUUCAGGCUGAUCAGUUAAUCCAGAGAUUGUUGCUGCAGAUGGAAUGGUCCAUUUUUGCUUUGGUGCAGAUGUUCAUCAUUACGGUAGGCACAUGCCUUGCGUUCUGGCUGCGCCUGCGCGGUGUUUCAAAGCAGAACGGGCAGCUGCGAGAGGCUCUGGAAGCACAUAACGACGCGACUGCGCCCAGCCCUGCGGCAUGGGUGCAGGAACGGCUGGCUGCGCUGCCGGCAGACGGCACCACCACGCCGGUGAUCAGCCUGGUUCUGCAACAUGCCCUGGAACCUCAGGGAGAUAUGGAAAAUCUGCUGCGCACAGCCAUUGCAGACGGCGGUUUGUCCGUCGACAGUGGCCAGACUGAACAGCUGGCAGCGCUGGAAGCUGAACUCGAGGCUGCAAAAGCUGCGGCAGAAGCCAUCGCUGACGGAAACUGCGAAGAAGAUCGCACCGAAGAGCUCAAACAGCUGCUGCAACAGUUCACCAGGGACAGCCGAGAAAUGAUGGCCUGCAUCCAGUCAUUGGAAACAGAAAAUACCGAGUUGCGUAAAUUGCGACGCGACCAGAAACCUUUUGCAUUGAAGCGCCUGCUGGGGCUGUUUGAAGAAAACUGGACCCGACAUUUUAUUCGUCCUCAGCUGGAUCAGCUGGGUGACGGCUGCAUGAUCAUGAAACCCUGGCACUUCAAAAUUUACGGUCCCAACAUCCGCCUGGGUGAAGCUGUGCACGUGGUCACCGCCGCUGACCGCACCGUGCGCCUGACCACCUGGCAACAUGAAGACGGUGAAGGCUCGAUAGACGUGCAGGAUUACGCUUUAUUAUGUCCAGGUGUACGUAUCGACUCCGCAACCUCAGUGGUGAUUGGUCAGAGCACCAUGCUGGCCGCCGGCGUCUACAUUACCGAUGCGGACUGGCAUGGCAUAUACAAUAGACCACGUCCAAUUGGCGCCAGUGCCGCAGUUGUGCUCGGCAGGAAUGUCUGGAUAGGUGAUGGCGCCAUUGUCUGUAAAGGCGUCACAGUUGGAGACAAUACGAUUGUGGGUGCAGGCGCAGUGGUGACCAAAUCGCUGCCUGCCAAUGUUGUUGCAGCAGGCAACCCGGCGAGUGUGGUGAAAAACCUGGACCCUACCCGGGAGAUGAUCAGCCGAGCUGAUUUGCUGACCGAACAUGCGCGCCUUAGCCAGGAUGUCAAACUGCUGGAUCAGGCGCUAAGAAAAGACAAUACCUGGUGGGGCUGGCUGCGAUCGGUAAUUGCACCGGACCACCGCGACUGA